CGGUCGGAACCAUUUCGGCCCGCUUCGGGAGGUGAGUGCUAUCUGCAAUCGCCUGACCUGGACGCAGCCCCGGGAUUUACGGAUUGGCCCUUUAGCUCGUAUUAUAAACCUCGCUACAAAUUCUCUAAAGUUGUAGAGGUCCUAUAGUCUUUUCUAGUUUCCUGAAGGACAGGGAAGUCCCCCCUCCCGGGGUUAGCGGUGCUCCGGUCCGGGAGCAACAUGGCGGCGUCCAUGAUGGGCUAGUUUGGGGAGUAACUAGUGAUUAGUACGGCUGUCUUGUCCGACUCUGACCGAGUGAAGUUUUCCCCCAAAUACUCAGGUUAAAGAAUUGUGUGCUAACAGGUGGGCCUCGCCGGAGACCCGCCAUUCGCUUGCGGCCACACUAAGGAGCGGAGUCCUGAGCACUGAGCAAGAUGAGUAACAUCUACAUCCAGGAGCCGCCCACUAAUGGGAAGGUUUUACUGAAAACUACGGCUGGAGAUAUUGACAUAGAGUUGUGGUCAAAAGAAGCUCCUAAAGCAUGCAGAAAUUUCAUUCAGCUUUGUUUGGAAGCCUACUAUGACAACACCAUUUUUCAUAGAGUUGUACCUGGCUUUAUAGUCCAAGGUGGAGAUCCCACAGGCACUGGGACUGGUGGAGAAUCUAUCUAUGGAGCCCCAUUCAAGGAUGAAUUUCACUCACGGUUGCGUUUUAAUAGGAGAGGACUGGUUGCCAUGGCAAAUGCUGGUCCACAUGAUAAUGGCAGCCAGUUUUUCUUUACUCUGGGCCGAGCAGAUGAACUUAACAAUAAGCACACCAUCUUUGGAAAGGUUACAGGAGAUACAGUGUACAACAUGCUACGCCUGACAGAAGUAGAUAUUGAUGAUGAAGAAAGACCCCGAAAUCCACAUAGAAUCAAGAGUUGUGAGGUUUUGUUUAAUCCUUUUGAUGACAUCACUCCAAGAGAAAUUAAAAAGCCCAAGAAUGAGAAGCCAGAAGAAGAAGUCAAGAAAUUGAAACCCAAAGGCACAAAAAAUUUUAGUUUACUUUCUUUUGGAGAAGAAGCUGAGGAGGAGGAGGAAGAGGUGAACCGAGUCAGUCAGAGCAUGAAGGGGAGAAGUAAGAGCAGCCAUGACCUGCUCAAGGACGACCCGCAUCUAAGCUCUGUCCCAGCAGUGGAAAGUGAAAAAGAUGAUGCAACAGGAGAUUUAGAAGAUCUUUUACAGGAUGGUGAGGAUGACAGUGCAGAGCGUGACGAAUACAUGGAAGAUGAUGAGAAGAACUUGAUGAGAGAAAGAAUUGCAAAACGGUUAAAGAAAGAUGCAAGUGCCAGUGUGAAGUCAGCCGGAGACGGGGAGAAGAAGCCGGCAAGCCGAAGAGUCUACGUUACCUCCCCAAAAGCUUAGUCAGCACACAACAUCAUACUGGGGUGUGGACAUGCAGCAUCGCACAGUGGAAGGCCACUCACACUUGGUGAGGAGAGAGAAGACUGAUGGACAUUUGUCAUUGUCUGAGCAUGGGAGGUGGUGGCUGCCUUAACAGGUUCUGUCACUCCUAAAGGGAGCCUUCCAUAAGGGUGAAGUGUGAAUCCAGAGCACGUCCCUUCUGUCACUGGAAACUUAGUGCGUUACAAGUUUACUUUUGACACAUUGUAACAUACAUUAAAUUCUAAACUAUUAUGUUUAUGAGUACUUUGUACAUUCGCAGUAUUAGGGGAAAACCCCUUUUUUAAAAGUACUUGUAAGCCUGCUAAGGAAAGUGAAUUUAGGACAAUUAAUUCUCUAAAAGUGGUUAUAGAUUUUAGUAAGGAUGUCACAUGGUAGAAGGAAAAAACUGAUGCCCGUAAGUUGUCUUCUGACUUCUGUAUUUUAGAGGUCCUUUUAAAUAAGUACAUUUUAAAUAGAUAUGUUUAUUUUUAAGUUUCGAGUGAAUAUAAACAUUGUGGAUAUUAAUUGAUUUUUGUCUUUUAAGUAAAGUAAUUGGUAAAUAUUCUUAGAAAAUAUGAAGCAAACAUUUAUUUCUAACCACUUCUGUAUUCACUCAAAGGUUUAUUGUCCAUAUCCUUCACUCCUCUCUCAGAAGAGGGUCUAUGACUAAAUAAGCUAACCAGAAUUUUAUAGGCUCAUAGAAAGCAUAAACUCUCAUUUCUUCUCAUGUGUACCCACGGCUGGAUAAAAGUUUAAAAUGUCUAUUUCCUCUCCUGUCAACCCACGGCUGUGGAUUAUCUCUGGAAAUUUAGCCUAAAGCUUAAUGUAAUGAGUUGUGUUCACCUGUAGGUGGCACUCAGAGGCUACAAUUUAGUCAUGCUUCCUAUUUCUAGCAUCUGUGUACUGAUUCAAAAUAAACACUAAUGUCAGAUGGAACAAGUAGACUAGUCAAAUAUCAUUUGUUAUGAUGGUUGCAGUCACUAGGAAAUUACUGCCUUUUAUUGUGUAAUUUCUGCUAUGCAGUAAUAGUACCAAGUAGUAAGACACAAAUAUUAAAGUUGAGGAAUUAAACUUUAAAUUAUGGAAAAUAUAAACAUAUUAACAUAAAGUCAAAAGUGAUACCUUCAUAACUCCUGAAGGUUGGAUAGAAAAUAAGCUGUCACUAAAUUCAGUCCCUUUCAUAUUCCUUGGUUGAGUUUAUAAUGUUUGACUAGGAUGUCUCAUAGAAAUUUGAAUUAUUUCCCCUGUAGGAAUUCUAGACCUCUCACAAAAACAUUCUAAGUCUCAGACUUACAGAUUGUGUGAGUCUUAUCAUAUAUGUUCUACUUUUGAUUGAUAAUCACACGUAGGAAGUGUAAGUUUUACAUGGUACAUAAAUUUUGUUUUAUUAGCAAUUUUUUAAAAAGUAGCCUGGUAAUUACAUUUCAAAAAAAAUAAAGAUAACACAUUUUUAAAAUGACAGUAUAAUUUGUUUUUGUUUUUGUUUUUGUUUUUGUUUUGUUUUGUUUUGUUUUGUUUUGAGACAGGGUUUCUCUGUGUAGCCCUGGCUGUCCUGGAGCUCACUUUGUAGACCGGGCUUGCCUCGAACUCAGAAAUCCACCUGCCUCUGCUUCCCGAGUGCUGGGAUUAAAGGCUUGCGUCACCACCGCCCAGCUGACAGUAUAAUUUUUAAAGCAUAGUAAAAUUUAAAAAUUUAAAAGCUCAACUCACAUGUGCAGUUUGGCCCCCAAAGUGUGGCCUCCAAAUGUCUCCCCCAUGUCAUCAAGACCUUAGAGGCCGAGAUGGAGCUGAGCAGUCGGAGGUGCUGCCUCCUUUACACCGGUGCUGUGGACUGAAGCAGGCAGUAAAAAGAGGGAAAGAGACAAAUGCAUAGCUUAAAUUCUCAAUAAUUAGUCUACAUAUAAGACUUGCAAUUAUUUCUUUGGUCUGAAGUAAUAGAGGUCUAAAUGUGUUUCCAGCAAACAUUUUAGUUGGACAGAAGAUAAUAAGGUCUAACUCAGUCCUGCUUUUAAUACUAUCUGCAUGCUUUUACUUGAACUCGAUGCUGGGUUUUUAUGUGUAUUUCAUAAGUAGCCAUUCUAUUCUUAACUUUAAUUUCAAAUAUUUGUUCCUCUUACCUCUAGCCACUAUGUAAGAGCUAUUAUGAAACAUAAAGAUACAGGAGAAGUGCUUUCUAUCUGCAGAUGUCUAAUUGGUGUUGUUUGGAUGCAUCGCCAAAGUGCAGCAGUAUUGAGAGAUGGGUUCUUAAAGGAGUGAUUGUUAGGGCUUGAGGACCUUGGUGCGAUUACUCAAGGGUGGGUUAGGUAUCUUGGCAGUGGAUACGGAUAAAAGAGUUUGCCUGCCUGGUCCUCCCUCACACACUCAUGCACAUACAUCAAGCAAGAAGCUCUUGCGUCUUCUGUCAGUCACCUGACACACACGAAAGGCCCUCACCAGCUACAUGCUGCUUCACCUUGGACUUCUCACACUUAAGAACUGACUGUCCAGCUUCAAAUAUUCUGUUCUUAGCAAACACAAAUUGUGAAAGAUUAAGAAUUGUAGAAAGUAAAUAUGACGCAUUCACAUGUGUGCGAAGUGUCAUAGGCAGUAAGUGAUGUGUAUUUUACACAAAAAAAUCAAAUAUCAACUUAGGAAAAGCAAAAGAGGGCCAGAGGUGUGGUCCAUGCCUGCAGCCCUGCAUUCAAGAGGGCGAGGUUGGAAACUUAUGAGUUUGAGGUAGCCUGGGCUACAUAGUGACAAAUACUAUGGUUUUAUACAUGUCAUCUUCAUUCUAGUAAGAUGAGGCAUCUUCUGGAGCCACUAUUUAAACACUAGCACUUGUGCAUCAAGCUCAGCUCUUCAGAUUAAUGCUGCUGGUCUCCCCAAGCUGACUAGAUGGGUUGUUUUACUGUCUUUAUCUGUUAUGGUGAAAAUUCUGGCAUAGUAUUGGUUGUAAUGUAAACCAUAUCAUACUUUAAUAUUUCUGGCAAGUUUCCUUUUAUUCUGUUUGGGUCUUUAUUGCAAGAAUUUUGGAUAUUCCCAAUAAAACUGUUCCUUGAGCUGUUUGAAAUAAUAUACUACUUUAAAAAGUGCCAGGUCAGUUCACUGAGAACUGGUUAGUCCAUGCAAGGGGUCACCUUCAAACCACACUCUACGCCUUAUACCGAACCCAAGCAAAUGCUGCAGAAAUGUGACAACUCUACUGUCUUUACCAUUACUUUCCAUAUGACAGACAGGAAGCUGUGAAAUGCACAUUGUGGGAAGAGUGUCCUGUCAAAACAGACAAGAGGCAUUUGCAUGUCUUUAGAGUAUGUUUAUUCAUAUUACCCAUGAGAGUUGCAGUCUAUUGAUCUUGUACCAUCUGUUGUUUAUGGGGAAUAGACUUGCAUAUCUGAAAUGUAUUAUUGAAAUUUUACGGGAAAGCAUUCUUUAAGUCAUUCAGCAUUUGAUGACGUAUUCUAUCCAGGAAUAUGUGUUUCCACUGAAGAAGAUUCAAACACUGGUUGCUUUCUUGUCAUCCCUAACUGCUCAUUGUGAACCCACCUGUUGAUUAAACAUGCAAGUGCAUUUAAAGUUUAAAGGAGGAUGAGAAGGGCCACCAGCAAGUCAAAUGUCUUUGUUUUGUACUAAGCUUGUCACAUUGUACAAGGGCCUGAGGGAAAUGAUACCUUGUGAUUCUGUCUAGGCCUGUCUUCUCUCCAUCAACACCUAACUCUUGAGACCUUUACCACCCUUCAGGUAUCUCUUGGAUUUUGCAUGUUCAUUGAGGAUAUUUGUAGUUUCUGUAGCCAAUGAGUUGUUUUGGUUUCCCACACUUAUUGUGCCUUUCCAGUAUGGCUAGGCACUUUGCCAAGUAUUUUUUCUCCACAAUAAACCUACAAGGUAUAUACAAAGAUACAAGAUAUACUUUGUAGUAUUUUCCUUGUUUUUACAAAUGAAACAAAGAAUCCCAGAACACUGAGUUCUAGAAGGUAAAGUGCCUUGACUUUUGUCUAUGGCGAUCUAGCAGCAAAGCCAGGGCCCAGGCUGUAAUGACCUGUUCCACCUCUCCAGAGCCUAGAGAGUAGGACUCAGUCAGUGUGUCCAGCUAAAGAUGCCUGGCAUGGCAUUUUCUUUCUAGUAGAGAGCAUCAGGUUCAGUCAAAAGUCCAUUUCUAGAAAUAAGAUGGAGAAAUGAUUGAGGACAUUGAGACAUUAACCUCUGGCCACCUACACAGGCCAACACACUCAAAUACAACACAGGCAUACACACACACACACACACACACACACACAAACACACACAAAUGCAUGUAACGUGAGGAGGGUGGAGGGAGACAUGGAAAUGAAUAAAUAAUUUAGAUAAUCUCCUCAGAUAAAUAAAUAUUUGUAUGCAUAAAUAUAUACACAGAGAAAUUUUUCAGUAGCUUAAAACAAACAGCUAUCUUGCUCUGGGUCAGCUCCAUAUUGGCUUUAUCUAGGACCUGGAAUGCAGCUUCCUAAGAGCUAACUUAACAUGGCAGAGGAGAGCGAUGAUAGACUCAUCUAGACUGCAAGGUUUCUGCCUUGAGGUGGCCAUCUCGUCCCAUAUAUUACUUGAUCAUCUCAGUGGCUAGAACAGGAGCUGUAGUUAAGCUUGGUGGCCUCUGAGUGAAGCUUAGAAGUUUGACGGCAGGAAUAGGAAUGACUGGAAUAGCAAUGGAAUCUACCACAGUCUGCGUUGAUGGGAAUUGCCAGGGACACUGUGAUUAUGUAAUACAUUUCAUCAUCAUCUUUCUGCCUUCCACCUUUGUCUUACUCUAGAGCAAGGAGACAUAACAAAAGACUGUAUAGUCGUCAUUAGCAAAAUCUGGAAAGGGAUAUGAAUUUCUAGUUACAGAAGACUUUCCAAAGCCAGUGGUUCUACACUUCACUUUCUUCUCAGUCUUUAUGUAGGAGGAAGGGAAGGUAACACUGGAUGUCUCCCAUAGCUCUCAAAAGUGCUGGAGAAACCACAGAACAUUAAAUGAUAACUUCCUCAUGAGAUAUCUUUAGGAUCAUUUCCUUGUAAGGAAAUGAGUUCAGACAAAGGAGUUCUAUAUGAAGGAACAGGGUUCUUACACAGAAUCCUGAUGAAAAUAUUGCUAUAGCUCUUCAUGAAAAGCAGGGGCAGAAAGUCUAUCUUCUCUUCCUCUGUAGCGCUAGACCCUGUUGUUCUCUGUUAGUUUUGUUCUCUUAUGUAAAUCUAUUUCUCCAUAGGACAGUAGUUGGGCCCCCUAUUGUACAUCAGCUCUUCAGAGAAAAACUGUCUUUAUUUUUGUCCCAAAUAUGAUCACCUAGGUGACAGAAUCUUAUUGGCCAGGCUUUGGUCUGAUGUUCACUUAUGAUGGCAUUGAUACUAGAGAAGGAGGUAGGUUCCAUGCGAUUUGUGGUAUAUCCAAGUCAGCUAGCCCAUUAUCUGUCCUCCCCUUUACUUAGUAUAAGGUUUCCAGUGUUAAGCUGAACUCAUAUAAAAGACAGUUACCAUUCUCCUUUGUAGCUGCGAGUGGCUAUAUAACCAUAUUCUGAUUAGUGAGGUAAGGGAGAAGUAUGUCAGACUGUGGAACAAUUUAACAAUGAAUUUUACUAGGCCAGGAGUAGACUAAUAUUUAGUAGUGGUAGUGGUUGUGGUAGUAGUCUUAGCCGUAGUCGUAGUAAUAGUAAUGUUUUACUAGGCUUCGUGGUUAAGAGCACUUGCUGUUCUUGCAGAGGACCUGUGUUUGCUUCCCAGCACCCACAUGGCAGCUCAUAUCCAUCUGUAACCCCACUUCCAGAGGAUCUAAUGCCAUCUUUUGAUUUCAGCUAGGCACUCAUAUGGUACACAUGUGUACAUAGAAGCAAACACUUAUAUACAUAAAAUAAAAAAUUUUAUAUACAUAAAAUAAAAAAUAAUUUCUUUUUAAAAUCAUUUUAUUAAUUCUUUGAGAAUUUUUAUAUGUAUGUAUACAGUAUAUUUUGAUCAUAUACAGCCCCUAUUUCUACACUCAAAUGCCCUCUAGACUCCACCUUCCAUGCCCACACCUCAUCUCUGCCAACGUAACAGCUUCCAAGUUAAUGUUUUCUCUCUCUCUUUUUUUUUUUUUACAUCCCACUGAGUCUAGUUUAGUGCUGCUCAGGUAUAUACAUGGGUAUGGGCCUGUCUACUGGCGUAUGAGCAAUCUACCAGUGGCCACAUCCUCCAAGAAAAAUUGCCUUCUUCCUCCCAGAAGCCAUGAAAUGCAAAUAGCGGGGCCUUAUGAACCCCUUCUUAUCCAUACUGGAAUUUUGACUGGCUUGAUCUUAUGCAGGUGGACACAGCUGGUGAUAGACAACCUUGCCAUGUCCAGAAGACAGCAUCUCAUAGCACUCUUACAUUCUUUUUUGUUUCAUGAUACAAAUGAUAAAUUAUAUUUAUACAUAAGUAAGUAAGUAUCAAUAGUUAACACAAAUCCAAAACUAACCACCAACCUUGGGACUGAGAAACAUCUGGACAACUCCCUUCAGCAUGUUCAUCAAGAAAACAUGGCAGCACUUGUGCAACACACAUGGCAGUGGUUAGUGGCCUUAUGAUCAAGGUAGCAGGUAAUGGAUGUGCUAUGGAUGGCCUGUGGAAGGAAGGAGCCUAGUGGCCAUUGGGGUGAGGCUUCAGUUAGAACUCUUGUCUUCUACAGCAGAAUCACUCAUCCAACUCUUGCAUUCUUUCUGCUUUCUCUUCCACAAUGUUUCUUGAGCUUGGGGAGUGGAUUGACAUGAAUAUUCCAUAUGGGGCUGAGUAUUCAGUGUUUUAUUCUUGGAACUUUGAUCAGUUACAAUUUUCUAUGUUAACCUCUGCUGACUGUAUAAAGACCUUUAUCUAGACCAAGUUUCAGAGCAGCAUAUAUUUACAGGCAGAUAAACAGAAUAAUUAAAAGUCAGUUUGACAACAUGAACAUUUUUACCAAAAUAACAAUAGGUUCCUGCGCAAUGUCUAUGAUUUCACCAGCCAUGGAUUUUUGACCAUGAUUGUAAUACCAGUUAGAAAUUUUCUCAUUUGUAAUGGGCUUCAAAUCCUAUCAAAGGCCAUUAGUUACCCCUACAACAGUCAUGUCAGUAUUGCCCUGGCAGGCACAUCUUGCCUGGCAAAUCACUGCUGUAGCAUGAAGGAUCCAGACCAUUGAUGCCUUUUCUCCCUGGGGGCCUGCAUAGCACUUUCUGGCACUAUGAAAGCUAGCCAGUAAGGAGAAAGUUUCUCAGUUCAAGAUUAAUUGCUUUAUAUUGUGCUACUAAAAUGUAUGAUGUCUUCAGCAGUAGGCUCUUAGCAUGUUGUUAUGAAUAGGCAACCAAAAGCAAUGAUAGUAGUUCAUGUUGUUGUAGAGACCUGUGGGGCCUUUUUGACUAAUAACUUGAAGGGAACUAAUUCAUGCCUGGCACUGAGUUUUUUCAUUUAAUAACCCUUGUCUUCUAGGAACACCAUUGUCCAUACGUGAAAGUUACUUCCAUUCAAGCUCUUUUUUUAUUUUUUAAGUAGAUUUUGCCAUUAGCUUUCAAAGUAGUGGGGCUUCGUAAGAAUUAUUAAUAUAUCCUUAGUUUUUGCCACAUCGUAUCUCAGCCCUCCUCCGCCCCACCCCUAUCUUUACAUAAACGUUUAGCCUGCCACACUUGUUUCAUGUCCCAUGUGUUCUAAGGUUCCCUCUGAUUACAUUUUUCAUUGAGUUGCAGUGUGUUUCUAUAAGACCUUUUCAUCGACCUUGAACAGUUUUUAUGUUUUGUUUUUAAAAAAGAAAGAAGAUGCUUUCUUUUUGAUCCCUUCUUCUUUGAGCUGGUCUGGUAUACUGAUUUGUUGACUGGAGAAAGGACCUGGACUCUUAAGAUAUUAGGAACUAUAGUUCCAACUUGAAUUUCCCACCUAUGAACUUUUUUGACAUGAGCUAAAAUAUUGGAUUAUAUCAACCAUAUUACUUAGGGUUUCUGUUCCAUGAAGCAGAAACUCAUAGGAUGUGAUACAGUAAGACUGCUUCCUUACUAUGGUAAGGAAGAUCCUCCAGGGUGGGAAUGGGGGCCAGGAGGAGAUGGUACUUGCUUCUUAUUGGUGAAUAACUGCUUCAUUAUUUCUGAUAGCUGCCUUAGUUGAUGUUCUUAAUUUAUGUGCAAACUCAUAGUGAACUUUUUACCAUGUGAUCACACACUCUGAAAGUUGUAUAAGUGCUGAGAACAAAGAGCAGAGACAGGCCUUCCUCCCCUUUUCUUCCCUAGACUUCAACUUAGAGCCAUGUGAAGGCUACAGAGGCUUCUUUACCUAGUCUCCCACUGUUUUACUAUGAGGUGCUAAACUGGUGACUGCAGCUUCUCACCUCAGAGCAACCCAGGCAGGCAGAUCAGCUGAGGAAGCAAAGUACCUUACACUUAGGAUGGGUAGCUAAUGGUGUAUGGCCUAGUUUCUGAAUGGAGACAAAAUGGGAUAAAAAGGAUCCUUCAUAAUAAUGACCAGCUCUGAAGAAAACCUUCAUAGAAUUCUCUAGUGUGAUCUCAUCAUUUGCUCUCUUUGAUGUGUUAGAAUUACUGUUCUUCCAAAACCCUGGCUACCACUACUUGGAUGAAAGUAAACUUCUGCCUCAGUCCUUUCAUUGUAUGUGUUCAAGUAUGUUGCUAUAAAAGCUAUUUACCAUUACAUGUACCUAUGUAAGGCUUAAACCUUAAGUAAGAUUUUGAAGCAUAUUAGUGGGUUCCCAGAUUUUUAAAGGUUAAUUUUGUAUAUGAUUUUUUUCUACUUGAUAUUUCUUAAAGCUCUGUAAUUCAUUUUCCUGUUUUAACUUCCUGUCUGUGUAGUUAACUUUAAAAUAUGUAGUAUUAACUUAGCUGCUUUUCAUGAAUUAUCUUGUCCAAACAAUCUCAAGAUGUAAUUGACAGGCUUCUGUUCUGACUGAAAAGUUCUUUUUUCCUGACUGAAGGCGACCAUUAACUUGUUUAAAAUUUUCUUUUUGUGUUUUUCUAUUUGCUUUAGAAAUUCAUUAGGUUAAUAAUAUAUAUGUAUUCAACAGAUGAUAGGAAGUUAGACUUAUUUUUUGCUGUGCGUUUGUUUUUCUUGGUUCUGUAAACAGUAAGCAAUUUUCCUAAUUUUGAACAUUAUGCUAUAUCUCCCCAUUUCCUUUCUUCACGUUGUGUUCAGUUUUUAGUUCUAUUAAUCAUUACAAAUUAUUACAAGUUUUCCAGAUAUGCUUAUUUGUUCAAAGUAUUUACAGUUACCUGAAAUAUCUUAUAAACCAGCUUUGUGCAAGGCUUCAGCAUGUUUAGUCACAUACUGUGUUGGCCUGACACAAGGCUGGAGUGUUAGAAGUCCUUUUAUUUUUUUAUCCUGUUAGAGUUUGGUCUGGCUUAGUUUUAAGUGAAGUUUGUAUGUACUUGCCUUCUUACCUACAGAAAUGUCAGUAGCAGAUCUGUGAAAGUAUAUUUACUGUGAUGUAUGGUGGGGCUUCCAUCUCCUUCGUACUAGAGAAUGGCCUAGGAUUUGAAGACUAAGAAAACAUUUUAUGCAUCAGCCUUACUUACUUGGUCUUAUCUUCAUUGUUAUAUUCAUAGGUAGAGUUUAUUAAUGUUCCAGUGAAGUUUUAAAAGUAAUGUUGUUUCUUUCCUUUCUUUCUUUCCUUUUUUGUUUGGUUGUUUGCCUGUGCUAUAUAUUAUGAUAAGACUUUUGGAAUAAAAUAUGCUUCCAUUUUACCAGAUGGAUAAAGGUCUUUACUCAGUGUUUUCAGUAGCUAAUUAGUAAUGAAACUAUGCUUGUUGUUUAACUAUUCUGAAUUAUUGGAAGCAUGGGUGAAUAUGGUAAAUAAUGUUAAAAGCAGCGUGGGAUGCUGAUUAUUCAGUCUUUUCUAGUAGUGUAACUCAGGGGUUGAUAGAAGACACUGGCCUCCUGAAGAGACCAAGAGAAAAUGCCCCUCUUUUGCCUCCUUAGUUUUAUUUCUAUGGUGUACCAGUUGACUAUAACAGUUAUCAGUGGGGCCAAAGAACAAAACAUCCACUAAAGGACAUGAGCCUGCACAAGUAUAACACAGCCUAAGGGUAGCUAAGCUGUUCAGCAUGUACAUAUGGCUGUAAUAGGAAAUGAUAUUUAAAUAACAUAAAUUCACGGGAUGCAGGUCAUUCCAAAUCUCUUGCUAAACUACUUCUAAGUUAGGAGUACUGGCACCUGCAUAUACUAGCUGCUCUUGAGGCCAAGGCAUGAGUAUCCCAAGUCCAGCCUGUCUGGGCUGCAGAGUGGUUUCAUGGCCAACCUGGGGCCACCAGUGAAAUCUUGUCCCCAAAAGAGUUUUUUGAAUGGGCUGAGGAUGUAGCUCCAUGAGAGAACACUUAUAUUGUGCCCUGGAUUCCAUCUGCACACUGCAAAAGGAAUAAAACUCAUUAAUCUAAGGGUCCUUUUGUAACGGUGGAAGAUUUUUUCAGAAACAGUGUUUAAAAAAACAGUUUUUUUUUUUUAAAUAAAAGCAACAUAGAGGGCAUAUUUGCAUUUGAAAAAUUGUCUGCUUUUUUCAAAACAAAAGUUUUAACUAAUAUUCUAGGAUGUUGGAUAAUUUAUAACGUGUAGAUCUUUACUGAAAUUGCUGUAGAUUAGUGUAAGUACUGAAGACUUGACUUGUCCUUUUGUAACGGUGGAAGAUUUCUAUUUUCCUGACAGUGGUUUCUGGGCCUCCACAUAGCACUUCCUGCUCAAUGGCAAUCCAUCUGAUUUUCACCAUGCUUUACUGAUUGCGGCAUUUCCAUCUGGUUAGAGAUAGGAUUCUUUUGUAUAUUAUUACACCUGAACUAGAGGAGCUUAACUACCAUGUUAUAUUUCACCUGGAUAUAGUUUACCAGGUGGGAUGUUGGAAUUGGGUAUGCAGGAUGCAGAUAAUAAGUGCAUAGGGGAGAAUUUGAUACCGUGAUAACUGAAGAACUUUGUGUACAUGAAUACACGUGUCUUCAGUAGAAAGUGUUAGAGAAGUAUAGUAGUGCAGGUCAUGAUGGGCCUGCCUUCAAUUCUAUGCUUGGAACCUGAGCUCCGUCCAUUAGAUGGCAGAGAACUUCAAGAUUAAAUUGAAAAUUGACACAAUUAAGUUUGUUUUUUAGAAAGAUCCCUUGUAAUAGGAGGGAGCUGAGAGGCUAAGGUGACAUGUAUGUCAUGUCAUGUUCAUUCAUCAUGUUUGAUGAAAACCUGUGCUAAGGCAGCACCUUGUUGCCAUGUACUUUACAUUUAAUAUGCUCCCCUCCCCCCACCCACUGUCAUGUGGUAGAUACAAAGAUACUACCCUCGCCCACAAAAAAGUGCCCAGCUGAACCUAAGAGAUAGCCAUCUAAGCACAGUGAACUCUGGGUGAAACAGGACUUCAGAACCCAGUAGCUUCAUGUGGGAGGGUGAGAUUAAUUUUAAUUUUAUAGAUCAGGAAGUCUGCAUGAUUAAUCCUGGUCCUUGAAGAAGAUGUAAGGUUUGAAUAAAAGGAAGUGGGUGGGAAAGGAAAUUUUUUAACAGAGGAAACCAAGAAAAGUACAGAGUGUUCUUGAGGAAUAAUCUGUUGUGACUAACAGAGUGGAUGCAGUUGGAAAUGAAGCUGGCAAGAUAGACUGGGACUAGGUCACAGGGGGAAUUUUAGGGUAGUCAAGUAGAAAUAUAACCUACUUAACUUCAUUUCUAUAUUCAUCAAUGUUAGUAGAAGAAAUGUAGAUCAAACUUCUUCAAAUUGAAUAAAUAAAUUUGAAACAUUCAAAGUUGGAAGAAUAUUGGAUUUUUGAGUAGGAGUAAUAUAAAUAGAAAAGUUUGAUUAAAAUUACUAUGUUAUGCUACUUUUUAUUUCUAUAAUUUGAAACUCAGUAACAGAGCACAUUAGUGAAUGGGGUAGUGUGGCCUCAAGGACAAGUAUAAAUCUAAUGACUAGAUGACUAGAUGAUUUCUUUCUAGUUCUAUCUUAAAUAUCAGUUGAAUGGUGAGAUAUUCAGUUUAGGAGCAACUGUGAUCCUGUGAAGAUCCCAGGGUUGUUAACUGUAAAUAAGAUCAGAGUAAAUCAGUAUUUUUUUAGAUUAUGUCUUUAUCUUUAGGUAAGAUUAGUUUCUUCUCUUCUUGCCUCAGUAGGGUUUUAGUUUUAGUCAAA